AUGAAGGUCUUGCUCACUGGGGGCAGCGGUUUUCUUGCUGUGCAUUGCUUGGACGCGCUGCUCAAACACGGGCACGACGUGGUUGUCACUGUACGUUCUGACGAAAAGGGACACUACCUGCAAGAAUUGUUCAAGGGUAAGCCAGUGUCAUAUACGAUAGUCAAGGAUAUUGCGGAAGAUGGCGCCUUUGACGAUGCCGUCAAGGCCGAUCCACCGUUUGAAGCCGUCGUGCACACUGCCAGCCCUUUCCAUUUCAAGGUCACAGACAACAAGAGAGACCUGCUUGAUCCCGCGAUCAAGGGGACGACAGGAAUCCUGAAGGCCAUCCACCAGUCAGCAAAAUCCGUCAAGCGUGUGGUGAUCACGUCAUCCUUCGCUGCUUUAUCGAAUUAUCGCAACCCACCUGCGGUAUACAACGAAGAGAUCUGGAAUGAUAUGACCAUGGAGGAAGCUCUAACGGCACCGAACCCGCAGGCGGCUUACAGGGCGAGCAAGAAAUGGGCCGAAAAGGCUGCUUGGGACUUCGUGGAGGCGGAGAAACCAAGUUUCACUGUCACCACGCUCUGUCCACCCAUGAUAUAUGGGCCGGUGCUCCAUCAAGUCAAGUCAUUGGAUGAAUUGAACACUUCCAGUUCGCGGAUAUGGAAUCUCUACCGUGGGACGCCACGAGCCGGACCGGUUGGGUCGCCGGUCCACGUCGAUGUUCGGGACCUGGCCGAGGCUCAUGUGCUCGCGAUUGAAAAACCCGAGGCUGCCAAUCAGAGGUUCUUUACCGUCGCUCAAGCAGCCACCGAGAAGCAGCUCCGGGAAGUCAUGGAAGAGGCCUUUCCAGAAAUCAAGGGAAAUCUCAAAGAUGAGUUAUCCGACACGCUUCCGCCUUGGGGUAUCGACAACAGCAAAUCCAUCAAGGUGUUGGGCGUUCAAUACCGCCCUCUCAAAGAGACAAUCGUGGACGCGGUCAAUUCACUGAAGGCACUUGGGGCAUAG